GAGUCUCAUCUUACCAGAUGAUGAGAUGUUAGUCUGCCGUCAAUCAAAGGUGCGCAAUGCUGCAAUUGAACCGACGUUACUGUGCGGAUCAGAUGCACUGGUACUUCCCCUUAAUAACUAACGCUGUUAUUCCAAGUGUCGGCCGGCGGCCGAAAGAAUUGCGCGCUUGCCUUGUAAUCCGGAAGUCAACGGUGCGGACCCGCAUAGAUACUAGCGAUCUCCUGACGCAAUCAGCCAACGCGCGACCAGUGAUUGGUCGUGUGACACCGAAGCGUCGAUACCGUGUGACGGCGUAUUGGUGAUGACUUUUACUGCCUCACUGUAGCCGAGUACAGUUGCUUGCCAUGAUUCACGAAUAUGUGCUGUGGCUACUCGACGUUAUUUCACUCUCCGCAACGGCUUUUGUUGUCUUGUUCUCUUCUCCACCGAAAAACUUUUUCACCAUUCACCCACUCCUUGCUUCUGUAAGUGUCCUAAUUAUAAUGCCCCUGGGUGUCCGUUUAAUGGAUAAGCGUGUUCCAUUUUUUAAUAUGCGUUCUACGUACAUGCGGACAAAAUGGCAUUGGAUUGUCCAGAGCAUCUCGAUUGUGCUUCUCUACACUGCUGUUGCCGCGGUUUAUUUGAACAAGAUUCAAGGCGGUAAACCACAUUUUACCACCUGGCAUGGAUGUUGCGGUCUCCUUUCUGUCCUUUUUGCAACAACCCAAAUACUUGCCGGAUUUUGGUUAGAUUGGAGCCUGUGGCCUAUUCGCCGCUGGCUCUCAUUUUGCAAAGCUCGCUUGUCCCAUAUGUACUCGGCUGUUUGUUUGCUUAUCAUGACCAGUAUCACGGCAGUUCUUGGAUUACAGUCCCAAUGGUUCGAACUUCAGCUAUCAAGGUGGGUACCAGAUCAUGCCGUGUCCGCAGUCUCAUCGCUCCUUAGUGCCAUGGUGUUUUCCGGCCUUAUACGUGUGUGGCUACAGGUCAAACGUGUUGGAGUAUCUCCGUCCCUGCAAAGUUCACCACAAAAUCCCUCCAUGGGUCAGAGUGAGGAACAUGAGAGACAUGACACUCGCAUUUCAGUCUACUAUAUUCUUCCGAUGCUCGCUGUUAUGCUUACUUUGGAUUUUCAGCCCAAUUAUGCGAUAGACUUUUGCUGUAUGUCGCCACUUUAUUUUCUCUUUAUGUUUCGAUAUUUGAUAUUUCAUCCUAUCUUUUUCAGCGGAGUUACAUUUAAUCCGUUUACAUUUGACUAAACCUCUCGCUCUUAAGCCCAUUUCAGCUUCUUUAUUUCGGUAACACCGUUUUGGGGGCCUGAAUGCACGCGUUUACUGAUCGGCGUUCCAGCUUAACUAAUGUGCAGAGUUUCGCCUGUUACCGGUCUUGCGACGGUGGAACAUCUCAACAAAACCAGUAUUCACAGUCGCCGAUGCUUGGGUGUGAUUAAUGAGCCGGAGGGGAUUGACGUACUCUUUUGGUCAUGCAAACUCACCUGAGCAACUUCCUCGCGUUUUUGUGUGAUAUUUUAAUCCAUCUACUCUAGUUCGUUGAUAUAAACGAAUUUUACCAUCCACAUUGCACCCCGUGGCAGUUGUAAUUCACUUACACAUCAUUUUCUUUUAUUCAGAAGCCCGGCACGGUAUUCUCUAUCACUUGACAAGGCUACACAGUUUCACACCCUUACUGUCAUCCCUCUCGAAAUUUCUCAACAAAAUCUUGCGGUAGGUUUAGGAUUAUUCGGUCGAUUGCGGUUCUCGUAUCAGAUGGGUUAAAUUGUCAUUCACUCAUUAAGCACCGGGAUUUUAGUUAUGUCGCUACGGUCGACGCUUUAGGUUGCUCAUCCAGUCUUUAGAGUCUGUUUGGGCCGGUUCCGACUAAUUGCGUUAUUUUCGCAAUUCAACCGUCAGUACAUAGCAGACUGCUUUUUCGCUUCUACUUGACUGC